GAAGAAAAAUAGAAAAAAGACGAAACCCAACCCUCGGAUAAAAAAACCUUGAGGCACCACCACCAUCUCUCCUGUCUUCUUCUUCCUCCUCCUCUAGCUGCGCCGCUUUCUCACACUCUUUGCGUCGUUCCUUCAGGAGCUCGUCACAAUGUCACGGAACAAGGGUUUGGCAGAGCAAGAUCUUAGUAAAUUGGAUGUGACUGUGCUUCAUACUCUCUCUCCUGAGGUCAUUUCUCGCCAAGCUACAAUCAACAUAGGAACCAUUGGGCAUGUCGCUCAUGGAAAGUCCACUGUUGUCAAAGCUAUAUCUGGUGUCCAGACUGUUCGUUUUAAGAAUGAGCUGGAGCGUAAUAUCACCAUUAAGCUUGGAUAUGCAAAUGCCAAGAUUUACAAAUGCGAGGAUGACAAAUGCCCUAGACCAAUGUGCUACAAGGCAUAUGGAAGUGGAAAGGAAGACAACCCACAUUGUGAUGUCCCUGGAUUUGAGAACUCCAAGAUGAAACUUUUGAGGCAUGUGUCUUUCGUCGAUUGCCCGGGACACGAUAUUCUCAUGGCGACCAUGCUUAACGGAGCAGCCAUCAUGGAUGGUGCACUGCUUCUUAUCGCUGCAAACGAAAGCUGUCCGCAACCACAAACAUCCGAACAUCUUGCCGCUGUUGAGAUUAUGCAGCUCAAGCAUAUCAUAAUCCUUCAGAACAAGAUUGAUCUUAUCCAAGAGAACGUUGCCAUUAACCAACACGAGGCCAUACAGAAAUUUAUAAUGAACACUGUGGCAGAUGGGGCCCCAAUAGUCCCUGUUUCAGCCCAACUGAAAUACAACAUCGAUGUUGUAUGCGAGUACAUUGUGAAGAAGAUCCCAAUCCCUAAGAGGAAUUUCAUUUCACCACCAAAUAUGAUAGUGAUUCGGUCUUUUGAUGUCAACAAGCCCGGGUUUGAGGUUGAUGAGAUUAAAGGUGGAGUUGCAGGUGGAAGUAUCCUAAGGGGUGUUUUGAAAGUGAACCAGUUGAUUGAGAUCCGACCUGGAAUUGUUGUGAAAGACGAGCGGGGGAACCCAAAAUGCACUCCAAUAUACUCACGCAUUAUUUCACUAUACGCGGAGCAGAACGAGCUUCAGUAUGCAGUGCCUGGAGGUCUAAUAGGAGUAGGAACAACAAUGGACCCAACUCUUACUCGUGCAGAUCGUUUGGUCGGUCAAGUCCUUGGUGAAAUAGGCUCCCUUCCUGAUGUGUUUGUUGAACUCGAGGUCAACUUCUUUCUUCUACGGAGACUGUUGGGAGUGAGAAUAAAGGGAUCGGAGAAACAAGGGAAAGUGACAAAGCUAACAAAGGGAGAGAUUCUGAUGCUCAACAUUGGUUCCAUGUCCACUGGAGCCAAAGUAGUAGGAGUGAAGAACGAUCUGGCUAAGUUGCAACUCACCGCUCCGGUUUGCACGAGCAAAGGAGAGAAAGUGGCUUUGAGUAGGCGUGUGGAAAAGCAUUGGCGUCUGAUUGGUUGGGGUCAGAUCCAAGCUGGAACCACCAUUGAAGUUCCUCCUUCACCUUUCUGAGCUCCACAAAUUUUAUUAAAACCCUCAAAAGAUAAUAAAAAGUCUUCUUGUUCAUUUGGGGUUUUUUUUUGGAGAGUACCUAUUUUCAGAUAUAUUUGUCACUGCUAGUUUACUGUGUUUUUUUCUUCCUUAGAUGAUUAUUAUUUCUUUUUUUGUCUGUUGAAAUGGAAUUUUAAUUUUACAUAAAAAAAAUAUAGAAGAUGGUUCAAUCA